AUUCAACUGCAGGAAUAAUUCCUCAAAGUAAUGAUAUUACUUUUCUUAAACGCGACACCGCGGCAAAGACAAUUUCUGCAAGCGCUACAUUUACCGGUAACGUAAUAGGUGGUAUGACUUUUGAAUCAACAGAAGGCUCCGGAAUAAUGUAUGUCUAUGGUAGUUUUGCACAAGGCUUUCCUCAAGAUUGUUUUGGUGUCCUUCUCAAAAAAGACGGAAAAACUGCCAUUGAUUUGACUACAAGCUUAAAUAUAACAGUUACAAGUUUGGGUGCUACUCCUCCAUUUUGGGCAACUGUUCCAUUUGAUCUUGAAGCAUAUUUGGGACUUGGUAGUGGUAAAAAUAAGCGCCAAACUGCUGGACAAACUGCAGAUAUUACUAGUAAUGACCAAACUGUGAGCAGUGCACCAGUGACCUCCUUACCUGUCUAA